CAUGUAUAGUCUGAUCAACAAUGGAAUCGGAGUUCAUUGCUUUAGAUAAGGCUGGUGAGGAAGCCGAGUGGCUUAAGAACUUCCUUGAAGAUAUUCCAUGUUGGUCUAAGCCAGUGCCACCAGCGCUGAUGCACACAACACUGGUCAUACUGGAGGAAUCCACCAUACACAGCUGUAAGGUUCUCGUUCACAACCUUCAUAGCCCUUAUAUUUGGGACAAUGUUCUGGGACCUCGGCUCCAAAAGCGAUACUCAACAAGAUCUUUUCAAUGCCAUGGGUUCUAUGUAUGCUGCUAUCAACUUUGUCGGCUUCCAAUACGGUUCAACAGUUCAACCUGUUGUUGUCAUCGUCUUCUACAGAGAGAGAGCAGCCGGGAUGUAUUCAGCAUUACCGUAUGCAUUCUCACAAUUCCUCAUUGAAAUUCCUUAUGUCUUCAUGCAAUCCCUCAUCUACGGUCUCAUAGUCUUCUCGAUGAUGGGAUUCCCCUGGAGCGUUGAGAAAUUGGCAUGGUUCAUAUAUUUCCUAUUUUUCUCAUUACUCUACUUUGUCCUCUACGGUAUGAUGACCGUGGCAGUCACACCAAACCACAACAUCGCCGCCAUCAUUUCUUCCUUCUUCUAUGGCAUCUGGAAUCUCUUCUCAGGUUUCAUCAUACCCAGACCGAGGAUGCCUAUAUGGUGGAGAUGGUAGUACUGGGGUACCCCCGUGUCCUACACGUUAUACGGCUUCAGGGACGGAGCCAGGAAUUUAUACCGGGAGGGGCAAAAAUAUACAUAGGCAAAAUUCAAGUAUUUUAGAUGGGGCAAUUAAUGAGAAAUUAAACUAAAUAAAUUUAAUAUUAUAAAAAUUAUAUAUAUGUGAAGAAAAUGGAGGAGGGGCAUUUGCCCCUUCUUGAUACAUGCUGGGUCCGUCCCUGUACGGCUUCAUAGUAUCUCAAUUCGGAGAAAUAGAAACCAAGAUGGAAAACGGUGUCACAGUGAAACAGUUGUUGGAAGAUUACUUUGGAUUUGAGUACGGUAUGCUUGGGUAUGUGGCAGCUAUACUAUGUGGAUUCGUCGUUCUUUUCACUCUAUCAAGACAUUCAACUUCCAGAGGAGAUAAACAACUGCUUUUGUUCACCUACAAUCAUUAUUUCCUCAAGUAAUGAAGAGUUCAGAGAUUUUGUAUAGGUAAGUCUUAGGAUUGUAUAUCAUAAAAUCAACUUUAUCCAAUUUGUAUAUUACUAGUUCUUAUAUAUUCUAAGUGUGUAUGUGAUCUAAAUAGUCCUUUUGGUUUCAAUCUGAAGCCUUCAUUUAUG